AUGAAGGUCCUAAUCAUGCAAAUGAUGAUGCUUUUGCAUCUCACUAUGGCUCAAGAUCUUCAGCAAUAUCAGUCAUGUUUCGCGCGAAUACAAUUUGAUGCAUCGAGACACAAAACGAAGUACAAGAUUGGAGUACUGGCAAUUCGAGGCGUAGAAGCUGUCUAUUCGACCUACAAUGCCACCUUCACGAAAUAUUUAUCGGCAACAGCUGGGAAACGCUUUGACCCGCCAAUUGAUUUCGAAAUGGUGGACGUCAGCUUUGAUUCCGCGUUCGAACAGAUUGAAUCAGGAGAAUUGGACUUCUUGUUUUCGAGCCCAAGUGUUUCCUCAUGCAUUGCGUCACAGUUUGCCACCCAAUCACUCGCUUCGCUCAUUGUGUCGACUGAAGUUGGCGGACAGGCCGUUAGCAUGUCCGAGUUUGCUGGUCUGAUCAUUACACAAGUGGGGAAUGAGAAUAUCAACACCAUCACAGACUUGAGGAACAAAACGAUAGCUGCCAUCUCCACUUCUGGGUUUGGUUCUGGUCUAAUGCAGUUCUAUGAGAUGCAAAAGAAUGGUAUGUCAUAUGUAACCGACCCUGCUCAGCUUGUCUUCACUGGCAACCAGGAUGAUGUUGUACGGGGAGUACUAGAUGGUACUUUUGAUGUGGGUUUCGUACGUACAGGAUUGAUUGAACAGACCAGAGAUGCAGAAGGCAACCUAGUCGACACUACCAAGAUCAAGAUCAUUGACAGCCGGCAAGACAUAACAGCUUCAGACAACGUCUUUCCGUACAAGCAUUCGACUCCACUCUAUCCCGAAUGGAAUCUUGUGGCCACGAAGACGACUCCAUUCGAGAUCAGUCAAAAAGUACAAUCAGCUCUUCUUUCAAUGGCGAGGCAAGGAGACACAGGACUACUGGUGGAAUCAUGCCUUGAAGGUGACAUCAACUCUACAGAUCAGUGUAAUGAUCUUGCUGUUGUGAAUCCCCAAGCUUCCUGUGACACCACAAUGGAUACGGCGCUUGCGGCAGCCAAGGCUCUUUCCGAUGGGAAAUACGCUGGUUGGAGAACAACUUUAUCCUACGACGAUGUAAACGAGCUCCAUUUCGAUACGAAUGUCCUCAAGAGAGAUCCAGUCACUCGAGAUUGGAGGUGUUCUUCUUCUCCUGAUUUGUAUGAUAAGGUCGAAUGUCCUGUUGGAUUCUUCAAAUUGCCGAGAGACGAGUUUCAUUCAUCCUGUGAAGAUGCUGGACUUAACUGCCCAGAAGGGUCCGAAUGCUUAUGCAAACCUUGCUUUAAGGCUUUCCCUGUCGAAGUUGCACCACACGACACAUAUAGACCAGGAACUGGAUGUGAAAAGAUGAGUAUCUGCGGAACCCUUGUCCAAAAUGAGGUGCUCAAUUUUACAAUUGCGGACAAUCUUGAGCUUGGAGACCGAUUGAAUCUGCGUGUCAUUGCUCUCGAAGGGAAUGAUGAACGCGAAAUUGAUGUGGUUCCAGGGAAGAAGCCUAAUCUAUAUGUGUUACCUUUGACUUCCACUCGUGUUGGACUAAUGGUCCUUGAGAUCUUUGACGGUGAAGAGCAAAUCGAUGAAUCUCCGCUCCGUGUGCAAGUGGUGUAUCGCAAAUGUCCAACCAAGCAAACUCCCAACGAGGAUGGAACUUGCCGCUGUCAAGAUGCAACGUUUUCAAUGCUUGGCAGAUGUGUCGAAGGGCAGCAUGUCAUGUGGGGUACUUUCACUCCGAUCAUGACAAUCCUGGCCAUCUCCGUAUUGUGCUAUGUAAGAAAAAAGAGCAAGGAAGCGGACAGCUUGUGGUUGGUGAAGCGUUCCGAGCUGGAGCUUAGUGACCCACCCAAGGUUAUUGGUGAAGGAACAUUUGGAUUUGUCCUCCUUGCAAACUACAGAGGCUCAAAGGUUGCGGUUAAGAAGGUUCUUCCGACAAAACGAAGGAAUGGUUCGAGUGGUAAUACGUUUUGGAGCGGCCGGUCGAACAGCGGUAGCAAGUCAAUGUCAAAAACGAACCCAGGUAAUAGGGAUGAUUUGGAAACGGAAUUGGAUUUGGAAGAAGGAUCAGAUCGAAAGGUCAAGCGGUCCAACACCAGCGUAACCGCGGGAUCUGUAGAUUCAAAGUCAGUUGACUUGACGGAUCGACCAGUUACAGGAAAGAGACCUAGCGUGACAUUUUCGAGGGAAGUUCAAGAAGUAUCCAUUGAUUCAGAUGAGGAUGACACCCUCACUGCAAGCUCAACGGUGUCGAAGAGUCGCUUUAGAAGGAAGAGUGAAUUCGUGAAAGAAAUGAGGCUGUUGUCAAAGCUUCGUCAUCCAAACAUCACCACCGUCAUGGGCGCGGUCAUUGAGAAAGGAGUCGAACAGAUGAUGCUUAUGGAAUACAUGGAACAUGGGUCGCUUCAGGAGGUACUUCUGAAUCCGUCAAUCAUAAUGGAGGCAGACCUAAUCCAUAGCAUACUAAAGGAUAUUGCUCAAGGCGUUCUUUUUCUCCACUCUUCGAAGCCGCCAAUUGUCCACGGCGAUUUGAAAACUGGAAACGUUCUCAUCGACUCCAAAUUCCGAGCGAAGCUAUCUGACUUUGGAUUGUCUCAUCGAAAUGCCAAAAAUGCAACUGGAACGCCUUUGUGGAUGGCCCCAGAGCUGUUGACAGGUCGUUCGUUAAACACUCGCAAAUCUGACAUGUAUUCCGUUGGAAUAAUGAUGAACGAGGUGUUCUCUCGACAGGAACCAUACAGCGAAGCAACAGAAUCAAACGAGGAUCUAAUCAACGCAAUUACGGAUAGCCGACAGAGCCGGCGCCCACUAAUUCCGACAAAAUGCCCAGUCAAGGCCAAGAAACUUGUUCAAUUUCUUUGGC